AUGAUUUCUUUCAACAUUGAUGAUGGCUUUUUAGAGGCUGUGGUUCAAGGCUUCAGAGACGGUUUGCUCCGUUCCUAUGAUUACAAUAACUUGAUUCAAUGUGAUACUUUGGAGGAUAUUAAACUUCACUUGACGGGUACUGACUAUGGCAAUUUCCUUCAAAACGAGGCCACUCUUUCUUCCACCAUUAUUGUUGAGAAAGCCACUGAGAGACUUGUCAAAGAGUUUAACGAGCUCCGUUUUCAAGCUGUUGAACCUCUCUCCACAUUCCUUGAUUAUAUCACUUAUGAUUAUAUGAUUCUCAAUGUUUUGAAGUUGGUAUUUGCUGUGAGAAACGGAAAGGGUGCUCUUGAUAUCUUGUACAAGUGUCAUCCAUUGGGAUUGUUCGAAUCUCUUAGCGCCAUUACUGCAGCAACAUCUGUUGAGGAUAUGUACGAGUUGGUAUUGAUCGAUAGCCCAAUUGGCAAGUUCUUCACAAAGACCGAGACCCGUGAUUUUGAUGAAUAUUCUACUGAUUAUUUGCGUGGAUUGCUUCAAAAGAAUUAUUUGGAAUCAUUCUAUGACUUUGUUCAAUCACUCGGUGGAACUACUGCUGAAGUCAUGAGCGAAAUUUUGGAGUUUGAGGCAGAUCGUGCCGUGUUGACCAUUACCAGACAAUCCUAUGCAGUCAAGGAAGAUUCGGCAAACAAAUUGCCAAAGGACGAAAGAAAGAAAUUGUAUCCAAACUUUGGUCAACUUUUAGAUGUUCAAGACAAAUUGGCCGAGUGUGAUGAUGAUAAUUCCAUGUUGGAAAUUCUUAAACCAUAUCCAUUCUUUUAUGAAACAUUGCAAUCUGUUUCCAAACAAACUAGUUUGGAGUCUCUUUUGAAGAAGAAGGCUGUUGAAUUGAACAAGACAGCAUUUGAACAACAAUUCCACUAUGGUGCAUUCUACUCAUUUGUUAAAUUGAGAGAACAAGAAAUUAAUAACUUAUUGUGGAUUUCUGAAUGUAUCCACCAAGGACAAAAACACAGAAUUAACGAAUACACCCCAAUAUAUGAAUAA